AGAGCAUGUCACUCAUACCUCUAACUGUGUAUGACAACCUACGCCGGGUAUGUUGCUCAAUGUUCGCAAGCAGCUCUCAAACAGAUCAUUCCGAAAUCGCUGAGCGAAUCAUCGCUAACGCAUCACUGGCCGACGUGCUGCGAUGGCGCGCUGUAUCGCGGCGAUUCCGCGCAGCAGCACUGCGUCGCCUUGCGCGAUACACGACGAUUCAUGUUCGCGUCUACGAUGGUCUAUCCACUCUCUAUGAAAAGGCAUCUUCUAUCGCACAUGUUGAUGAUUUGAGUUGGCACCCAGCCGGCUGCCUCCUGCUGAGCGAAAUGGGAACGCACGAGCUUGGCAUCGCACUCGAUUCGCGACCAAAAUGGAAAGAUGUGAAGAUAUUGGUGGCAUUGUUGAAUGUGUUCCGGGAGAACGCUACACAAAUACAAAUGGACAGUCCAAUAGUGGAACUUCUUGUGAAGGAGGUGAACACUAAGAAGAUCAACGCAUUACUGGUGUUCUUCAAUCAAAAUCGUAAAUGUGACAAAGACUUCACAUGCGAAGAAACUACCAUUACGCCUAUGAUGAAAAGCCAACUUCCGAUUGGCCCAUUAUUCCCUGCGCUGAAGAAAUUCACCGUUAUCAGCAAUCCCCAACAACUCAGUCAUCUUUCACGUCUCAUACACUAUGCUGUUGCCGUGGAUAUGAUUUACCAGAAGAAGGAAAUUGAUCUCGUCUGCCUGCAGGUUGUACUCGGCGAAAGCUGGUGCCGAUCAAAGCAACGUCUAUUCCGACAUGUGAACUCCUUCAAACAAUGGUCCGAUGCGAGCUCACUCGGUGUUCGUUAUCUGCAGCAAUUUCACGGAACCGAGAAACGGCGACGUAAAACCUAGCGCUGUGAUGUGCAAGCUAAGGGUAGACGAUAGUGUUGCUGUAAUAAUUACUGGUAUCAGUAGACAGUUAGAGCAUUUUUGAGGUGUAUUUUUGUGCUGGUUUGUUAUUUGUUAUCAGCGACUACGGUCUAUGAUCCGCUCAUGUAAAAGUGGAAUUUCUGUAUUAUUUGUGGACGCUAUCUAGCGUUGCUCAAUUGAAAAUAAUUGAUAGUUGCCUUAUCAGAUAGUGGAUUUUGAUGCUUUCGUGUUCAUGUUAUGGGUAACAGAUCGUAGACAAACAAUCUCAAAAAAUCAACAAGAGAAACUUCGCUUAUACUUGAAAAAAUAAACAUUUCAGUAACAUG